UCUCCUCGAAUUGAUUUCUUCCUCUUUACUUCUAUCUGAUAGCCCUGGGUAACACAACCUGCAAUUAAAUGAUUUUAUGAGUUUACUGCUGAGGUUUAUGGGCACUCAGCCCCUGAGAUUUAGAGCCAACACCUAUGAUUGUUUAAUAAAUGUUGGAAUGCUGCUCUUUGAUCUUCAGAUAACAUGGGUAUAAUGCCCUUUAAGUUUGUGUCCGUAUUCUCUCAAGAACUAGCAGACCCAUUUUGAUAAGCUACAGCUCCCUGUUUCUAUCAAAACCCUUUCUUAUUAUUCUAUGUCUAUUUUAUUCUUUUUCAAAUAGUCCUUAAAACACUUCCAAUCUUCUUCCACCAUUUUUUCUCGCUGGUCUCGAAGUCUCCCGGUCAGGGGAUCCGCUGAAGGUUACUGGAAUCGAUUUCCUCCGAGAGCAGAAUACUCGCCUCCAUCGCACCGGCGACUACAACAACGGCAGCCUGAUUGUGAGACGUGGGCAGCCUUUUGAGUUGAAGCUGACUUUAAGCAGGGAGCUGAACAACAAUGACAACGUCACACUGCAGCUCAGCGUUGGUGAAAAACCAAUGCAAUCCAAUGGGACUCUUCUAUCCAUGAAGGCAAGAUCAGGACAGACAGAUCAACCCUGGAAUGCCAAGAUUUGUCAAGCAAAUGGGAAGGAGUGCCGCAUUGUUGUAACCAGUCCAGCAGAUGCAAUUAUUGGAAAAUAUCUUCUAAAUGUGAUCACGGGACCUAGCGUUUACACUCCUGAUAAAAAAUUUGUCUACGUUUUGUUCAAUCCCUGGUGUGAAGCGGAUUCUGUCUUCAUGCCUGGUGAUGCUGAAAGAGCCGAGUACGUGCUCAAUGACACCGGAUAUCUCUACGUUGGAUCAACAAAAAUGAUACGUGGAAGACCUUGGAAUUUUGGGCAGUUUGAGGAAGAUGUUUUGGAUUGUUGCAUGUACCUUCUGGAUAAAAGCCAGCUCAAACCGAAGGCGAAGAAAGAUCCCGUGAUCAUCUCCAGGGCCAUGUCAGCAUUGGUUAACUCCGAGGAUGAUCGUGGAGUGGUAUUUGCAAGCUGGUCAGGGAAAUAUACUGGUGGCACACCGCCUCUAGCCUGGACAGGAAGCGUCCCCAUUUUGCAGCAGUAUUACAGAACCAAAAAAAGUGUCUUGUUUGGUCAGUGCUGGGUUUUCUCUGGAGUGCUUACCACAGUUAUGCGCAGCCUGGGGAUUCCAGCCAGGAGCGUGACCAAUUUUGCUUCAGCUCACGACACAGAGGAAAAUCUUAAAGUUGACAUUUACUUGAAUGAAAACGGAGGGAAAAUGGAGAAUCUAACAACAGACUCGAUUUGGAAUUUCCACGUAUGGAACGAUGUCUGGAUGAAAAGGCCAGACUUACCGAAGGGCUUUGAUGGCUGGCAGGCGAUUGAUGCCACCCCUCAGGAAAAGAGCCAAGGGAUUUACCAGUGUGGCCCCACUCCAGUAAAUGCAAUCAGAAAGGGAGAAGUCUAUCUUCCCUAUGACUCCAAGUUUGUGUUUGCUGAAGUGAAUGCAGACAGAGUCUUUUGGCUCGUAAAGAAUGUGGACGGCAAGGAAACAUACACCAAACUGCGUGAAGAAACCAAAGUAAUAGGGAAGAGCAUCAGCACCAAAGCUGUUGGGAAGGACACUCGUGAAGACAUCACAGGCCAAUACAAAUUUCCUGAAGACAGUCCCGAAGAAAGGAAAGCUGUGGAGACGGCUUGUUCCUAUCUGCAGUCUAACAACCUGGGAAUCUGUGAAGUGACACCUGCCCCCGAACCCCUCAAGGCUAACCUGAAACUUGGAAUGGAAGGGGAGAAAGAAUUGUGGCCGGGGCAGCCAAUUGAGUUGAAUCUUCUUAUAACGAACGAGUCUGCAGGUUCCUGGACGGUCCACCUUGCAGCAUCUUGCCAGUUAGAAUCGUAUACUGGGAAAGUGGAGGCCAGCCUUGCCACCAUCAAACAGACUGUCCAAACAAAAGACAAGGCAGUUAAUUCAAUCCCUCUGAAAAUACCGGCUGAUGCUUACCUAAAAGCCCUGACGUCAGUAGAAGAUGAACUUCUGGUCAACGUCAACAUUAUUGCUGAGGUUCAAGAAACAAACGAGAAGCUCACAGAAGAGUUGUCUUUAACCUUCAAGUACCCACCUCUGAAAGUGGAGAUGGCAGACACCGCAAAGAUUAACCAGGAUUUUACCUGUGCGUUUAUUUUCAAGAACACACUGUGCAUUCCCUUGGAAAACUGCAAACUGCACGUAGAAGGCCUUGGCAUCUUUACGAUGGAAACGUUUGAUCAAGGGAACAUAGCGCCGGGUGGAAUCUUUAAAUCGAAAAUUGUGUGCGCACCAAGGAGGGCCGGGCUGAAGAAGAUCGUGGCCAAACUGAACUCCACCCAGCUGAAAGGAAUAACUGUGGAAAAGAUUAUUUCAAUCACAGAGUAGAUGUCAUUCCAAAACACCAUCAGGCGGUGUGUGCAAGGAAAGAGCCUUGUUGACGCUGCCUGAAGUCUUGAUUAUGUGCCCAAAGAUAGGAGAGUGAGAGACAUAAAUGCGAUAUUAAGGGAGUUUAAAGUGGCUUAAGCUGUUUUGAUUCUAGCUAAUGGGAAUUUUUAAUAGAGAUUAUUCAAAUCUGUUCUUGCAUGUGUGGCGAUUUAGCAGCUUAUGGUAACUAAGAGCAUGAUCUGUGAAAUCUGGAGUGGGUUAGAGCUGGCUCUGGAAAAGAGCGGCCUCUGUUUUCCUUUCGCAUGCACUUCUGAGCUUUGUGUAAUAUGUCAGCAAUCCUUGUGACUUCUUGCUCCUUUUAGACUAUAUGCGGCUUCUUCUGCCAUUUUCUUACUUCACAUCGUUUGUAGGCCUGAUUGCGGUAUAUUACGAACGUGAAAGCAAACUAGUGCGGCUAUAAACCGACCCCUAAAAAACACAGGAGGGGGGAAAGAUCAUCACAACCACCAGCAACGAAAGACAAAACAGCAGGUGUGAGAUGAAAAUAUUGAUUCUUUAAUAAGUACUGUUACACAGUCAAAGUCAGAAAACGAGGUACAAAGAGCAAAAAUAGAAGACGUGAGAUUUGUAAAUGUACACACUCUUUCGUUGCAUAGAAUAGGCUAGUGCACAGUCUGCUCGUGAAAAUAAAAG